AUGACCCCUCCUGUCUCUCCAGAAGGUGACCUAACAGUGUGUCCUCCCCAAAACGACGCAUUUCCUGACAACGUCGCAGCCGUCCUGCAUACACGUCACGCGGCUGCGGCCCCUCAAGUCGCCGCAGCCAUGAAAAGAGCCAGGGAAAGGGAUAACAAGACGUCUGAGCCGAAGUUGCAAGUCCGGUCGAAGUUUUCUCGCAAGGCCAGGGCCGAAAUACGUUGCAUGAGCGCUCACGGCCUCACUGCGCUCGCGAUCGCCGAGAUCAAGGGCGGCCACGCAGAGACCAUCAAACGCAUCGUCCGCAACGCCAAUCUAGUGAAGAAAGACGUCCUUUCUCAGGACCAUGAGCUCCUAGAUGAGGAGUUUGUGAGGCAGUACCCGCCACGAGAAGCGCAAGAAGCCCCUGAUCGCUCUCUGCUUUUAAUCAAGCUCCCGAAUCUCAGGAAGCGGGCGCGCGAGCCCUCAGAUGACUUAGCCUCCAAUAGCGCUGGCCCCAUAGACUCGUCGCAGACAGCAGCGGGUGCAUCGCAGACAGCGAUGUCUCCCCUCGCGACCCCCCGGCCUUACUCCAUGUCCGAGGCAUCUUCAACGCCCGCCUCGUCUUCGGCCUACAGCGUCAAAAGGGUGCGCUUGGAUGCGCCGGCAGCGCCGAUUGUGCAUGAUGACGCGCACGAAGAAGACUCUGAUGAGCUAGAAUACUUGGAAUACCCAGACGAAUCGGGCCCCGAUGCCACGCAGGAUGGCAUUCAUGAUGUCACACUGGGUGCCGGUCGCAACGAUAUGGCGGGUACCGGUUUCGAUGCGACCCAAGGCUCCGGUCGUGGCGCCGUUCAGGAUAUCGAGGCUCAAGUUCGCGAGCUUACGGUGACCGAACCCGAGCACGGCGACGCUGCGCAGGAGCGCGAGGAGGCCAAUGGACGGGAGCGCGGGCCACCUAACGAGCAAGGUCGCGGUCAGCCGAGCGAGGGUGACAUCCUUCUUCCUGACGGAGAAGACCGCGGCCAGCCUCCUGAGGGAGAGGCCAGCGAGCCUACCGACAAGGAGCAUCGCGAGCAGUCCAUGGACCACGAGCGACGGGAGCUCGCAAAUGGACACAGACUCGAGCAUAAAGAUGAGCCCGAGCGCAAGUCAUCUCCUUGCGCGCACAGCCCAAUCUACGUCUCGUCGGACGAUAGCGACAUCGAGGUCGAUGACGGGGGUCCCGCGGUCCUGGCUGCCCUUCCCCAUGUUCCUCCUCAGUUCGGCCAGCCUCACCAGUCUACAUUCCUCCACGCCUUCCUUACCAACCUUGACGUCGACCUCUCCGCCCUGGAGCCCAUCUUUCCAACCGCUGACUUCGGAAGCGCGUCGCACGUCAUCCCCUUCAGGAACCUGCCCGAGACCGAACUGCACUACGGACUGCAGAGGACUCUGCCGGGGCUCAGUGUCUUCGAGCGCAUAAUGCUGGUGCGGGGCCUGAAGCGCAUUGGUUGGAAUGGUCUUCUGCAGAAGUCUUUGAUCAGGGAUCGCUUGGACAAGGUUCACGCGAUCUGGACAACCGACGUUGCCGGAUACCUCUCUAGCCUUGCGCUCGACUUAUCGCCCUACCUCGCCGCAUUCCAAAAUGCCGGCCUCGGUUUUCUCGGUCCCCUCCUUUCGCUCGCAGGCUGGGCAGACGAUGACCUGCGCCUACUCUUCGACGAAGCGCUUCCCGAGCUCCGGCCCGUCCAUCGCUUCGUCCUUCAGCGCACCCUACAGAAGCUGAGCACCGACCUACAAGCCUCCGCCGACGCUCUCCACACGGUUCUCACCUCUCUCUCCGAGGAUACCAAGUCCAUCACCCGCUCCUCCGCUCCCAUCGAUAUCCGCUUCUUCGCCAACCUCGAUCACGACCUGUCGGAACGCGCGCAGAACCUCGCCGCACAGGGCAUACGAACCGUGGGGGAUCUGUCUGCCUUGCGAAGCUGGACGCACAAGGAGCUGCACAAGAUGCUGAAGACGGUAGCGCCGGUGGAGUUGACGGUCGUCGAGCGCUUCGUGCUCGUCCGCGGGAUCAAGGGCAGCGACACAGAGAAUGCGGCUCAGCGGAGGCGAAUGAGGGCCUACCUCGCUGCCCACCCCGACCUCUGGCUGCAAUCUACUGCACGCUUGCUCUCGCGGCCGGAGCUCAGUCUCUCAGCCUACCUCAACAUGUUCAAGAAGGCAGGCCUCGGGUCCUUCGGCGCCCUGAUGGCCAUAAGCCACUGGGUGGAUGACGACUUGGACGCCUUGCUAAAGGCCGUGCCCGGGAUGGCGGUGCAUCCAUUCCGAGCUGCGUUGUUGGUACAAAAGAUGAAGAGCGAAAGUGAGAAGCUUAUAGACGAGCCUUAA